UUUUCUCUACUGCUCUGGUUCUACUUCUGUUGUCAUCAUUCUCUAUCAAUUCAAACCCAUUUUCCAAAAUUUCAAGCUUAUAGAGAUGAUGAGGAAGGUGGAGAAGCGUUCUUUAUCUGUCAAUCCUGAUUGCAACUACCUUGAACCGUUGUUCCGGUACUUCGACGAGGACGGUGAUGGCAAGAUAUCGGCGAUGGAGUUGCAAACUUGUGUGAGGACUGUGGGUGGAGAGUUGUCAAGUGAAGAGGCAAUGGCGGUGGUGGGAUCGUCGGAUUCGGAUGGCGAUGGGUUGCUUGGUAUGGAUGAUUUUGCAAUGUUAAUGGAAGGGGAUGGAGAAGAGGAGGAUUUGAGGGAGGCAUUUGGGAUGUAUGCUAUGGAUGGGUGUGAUUUUAUAACUGCAAAAAGCUUGAAGAGGAUGAUGAGUCGACUCGGUGAGUUGAGGACGAUUGGUGAGUGUAAAGGCAUGAUUAGUGUCUACGAUUUGAAUGGGGAUGGCGUGCUUAGCUUCGAGGAAUUCAGAGCUAUGAUGCUUUGAUUAUACAGAAGGCCACUCAAUCCCCACCAUUAGGUUCACAGUUUUUUUUUUUUUUGGAAGAUUGAGC